AUGUUGGACCAUAACAUUGGAUAAAGAUGUAAAUACAGCAUAUGCAGACAAAAGGACUUUCUUCCUUAUGAGUGUUCACUCUGUAAAGAUGUAUAUUGCUAAGAACAUCGCACCCAAGAGGCUCAUGAAUGCCCAAAAUUAUCAAUAAAAAAAUCAGUCAUUUUAUGUCCACUUUGUAAAAAGGGACUCUGUUACACUUCAGAUCAGAAUGAAAAUACGAUAUGGGAAGAACAUUUUGAAAAGGAUUGCCCCUAACAACCAAAAGAGAAAAAGGUGUGUCCUAUUUGUAAAGAUAAAUUAACAGAUGUGACAAACUUCAAAUGUAAAGAUUGUGGCAUGGAAGUCUGUCUCAAACAUAGAUACAGAGAGGAUCAUAAAUGUCCUACUUUGAAGAAGAUUGAAAGCUAGGAAAAUCAAAGUCCAAAUUCCAAAGAUACUUCUAAUGAGAAUGUGAAGACAUUUUAAUAAUUAUUGAAAGAAAAAUUAGAGUAUUAACAACAUUAUUAACAAAAAAAUUCAACUUAAUCAUGCCCUGUCUGUGAGUAGAAAUUUCCAAACAUUAUGUUAGUUAUUCGCCAUGUAGAAUCUCAUCAUUCUUGA